GAGAGAGAGAGAGAGAGAGAGAGAGAGAGAGAGAGAAUGAGUGUGUGGAAAUGCAAUUAGAAGAAAGACAAUCAACUGCUCUGCGCAGACAAGCAGUUAAAGAAGUAGACAGAGAAGAGAAAAGAGAAGAGAAGAGACUCAAAUCAAAUAACUGAAAAAGUAGUAUUCCCUACAAAAUGGUGGUGGGAGAUGAGGAUAAAGGAGUGCAUAGUUACCGGCCUUCUCUGAAAUCCCUUGCUUCUUUCAAUAAUUACCCUAAAUGGAAACACAAGCUCCGGGAAAAUUGCUUCAAAAGGGUUCGUCAGGAUCGAACUCGCUUGCUCUGGAAAUUGAGAUUGAGCGAAGCUCAGAAUCAGUCUGCCAAUCACGAGGAUUUCAUUAAAUCAACUCUCCAGGACAUUGUUUCUGACGAACUGAAAAAAAUUAAGGGCACAUCUCUGGAUGAAAGUUCAUCUCCAGUGCUUGGCACUUCUACUGAUGAUAUGAUAUGGGAAUAUGAUGGUCUUCACACAGCUUAUCAAGGCGACUGUGAAGAAAUGUUAUUAGAAAUGCAAAGAUUAUUUUAUGAGGAUCUUAGGACAGAGAAAACAAGAAAAGAGCCUGAAUGUUUUAUGAAAACAUGGGAGGACGAAGAAGAUGAAUACUUGGCUCGUGUGCUCUAUGAGCACAUGCAGCUCAAUAGUGAUCAAGUCGCAAUGGAGGUUUGGUGCCCCAUCUGCAAACAGGGGGAGUUACAGGAAAAUGGUCAUCAUAUUUAUUGCACUCAGUGUGAACUUAAGCUAAAAAGAGGCCAUGAGGUCGAUCUGAACUUUUUACGGCUGAGGCUGGGUGAAGCUCACACAGAGCACCUUGAUAGGGGUUGCAGGUUGAGACCUGAGUUCUGCAUCGAGACUAAAUUUGGAUUGACUGCACUGUAUAUUAAGUGCCAAGGCUGCAAUACAUUUGAGGUUGUACUAUAGUGGCACCAUCUUUCAUUUACUACGGUCACAAUUUUUUUUUUACUCAUUUAAGUAGUAAUUUCUGUAAUAACAUUCUAGUCUCUUGAGGAGUGUAUAGUGCACGUAUACAUCUUGUACAGACAAGAAUGAGUUUUUGAAGAGAGAAUUGUUGGACACCUUUGAAACAAAUUGACAGUCCAACCUUGAAAGCUUCGCUAUUCUUUUAGUUUGGAGUUGAUUCAUGGUUCUCUCUCAUGGUCUUUGUUGUAGCGUUGGAUUCCUCAGGUCACCUCGUUGAGGAGGAUGUUUAGAAUGUAAAUAUACUUGCCCGAUUUCAUGCUUACAGGCUGAGUUUGGCAGUUUGUACUUUCCAGACAAGCUCACUGGAGCAAAAUCUUCAAUUUUGCUCAGACAGUAGGAAGGAGGAAGAACCUCCCUAGUUUUGGUGUAAUUAUUUGUACAUCCCCUAGAGUUUGAAAAAUACAUUUUAUAUUCCUGA